CUUGAGACGCGACGUUGCCAGCUUCCACGCGUUGUCGCUUUCGUUGAAGGCUCUCUCAUAGACUGCAAACAAUGGAGAGUCUUUUGCGCUUACAAGGCUUGCAUGCCGACUUGCUCGCCUUCGCAGAGACGCGCCUUGCCAAUAUCGAUCGGUUGUGGCAGGAGUUGGAGGAUAGCAUCCAGGACUUCAGAAGGCUUCUUGACAAGGCAGUGCCUUCAGCAUGCGAUAGAGAAGCCUAUAGCAGCGGCAAGCUCACAGUCGGCGAGCAACAAUUCAGUGUGAACGACGAAUUCAAGCACAUCAGUCGAGCCAUAGCAACCAGCCUUGACCUUGAUGAGAUCGAAGCCGGCCGUCUCCUGAUAGAAGUACAAGCAGAUCCUACAUCCGGGGACGAGUCUCUCGUGACAGAUGUUGUCAGCAGCUACCACAAUCGACGCGAUCUACUUCUCCAAUCUUUGCGAAUCACACUCCAACAGUCGCUGGAAUUGGAAUCUGAGGCUGGGGUUCGACAAAUCUUUGAGUCCGUUGUUGCAAGAGUGCUGGAAAUCGAUUCGGGAGUGACCAACAACGGGUCGCUAUUUGCCAGAAAAUGCCUGAAUACACUGGAGGAUCUCGAAAAAUUCCAAGCCAAAGUCGCAGACGCGCUUCAGAGUAAGGCGCUGCUAGGUGGGCCUCGCGGUCCCGAAUUCUAUGCGACCUUAGAAUUUCAGAAGGACAGCCUUUUCAAACAGCACGAGGCUCUGGCCUGUAUUCUAGCCUAUUUAUUUCAAGGAGAUUACACCAACCAGGAAGAUCUACGGAAGUUGCACGCUGUUGUGAAGCGCUGGGGUCGCAUCGAGUUUAAUCUGCUCCACUAUCUUCCGGCUUUCUCUGCCGCUUUCAGACAGUGUGCGUCACCGGGUAGCCAUCUAUCUCAGGAAAGCACCAAUUCUCUAGAUGCUGUCUUGGGGCCCUUACCAAACGAGGCCGCUUCAGCAUCGGUGCGCCCCUUCCACGCCAUUCUCAGCUUGUGGUGGACAGUUGAGUAUAGUGGGCAAUUUCGCGACGUCACAGAUCCAGAUGCUGGAAGCGAAAGGAGAGCUUCGGCUGUCACUGCCGCUUUGAAUGAAGAUGCCCUUGAAUUAAUGCUGUCGAUCUGCACUACCACCAACUCAGAUGUUUGGCGACAUCCCGCACGACAGGAGCUAGUGGGUUUACUUCUUAGCGAGGGUUCAAACGUUGUACUUGAGAAUGGUGAUCAGACGUCUUCUUACUUCCGACUACAGUAUAUGGAAUCAUUGGAGAGUUUCGUCGAGUCGUUCAUCUCAAAUAUGCCCGACUCUAUUCGGAAGUUAAGGACUGAAGAAGAUGAUCAACGUCUAAAUCAGCUGAUUGCAAUGCAAGAGGGACUGCCACCCGAGCAUCGAGGAGGAACUCCCAGCAAACUACACCUUGAAUGUUUCCUGAUUCUCGUCUCCUUCGCGUUCGAAGGUAGACCGGAGGCUGCCGAACAGUGGUGGGAAGAUCCUGACAGCAAUCUUUACGGAUUCCUUCAGUGGGCAUCCAGGCGGCAGACCGUCCCACGAGUCAGUGCGUUUUGUGAACUUCUAUGCUCUAUAGCGGAGAACCAGGAGUGCGCUGAAGCAGCUCAUAAGUUCUUGUUGGAUGAAUCUUUGCCUACCACCACUAGAGGUAGGCGAAAUCCAUCAAUGAACUACCAACAGAUCUUUGCCGAGCUCGAGUUGUACGCACACAAAGUCCAUGAACGUGCAACAUCAUCCCAACUCCCUAAUAUGCGCAAAGUCUUGCCCACAGACUUAAACGAGCUCGAAAGUCCGGUUAUGCUAUCUUGCUAUCUUCGCCUAUUGGCUCAUCUAAGUCGACAGCCCAGUGGCACUCGGCAUUACAUCUUGGAAACAACCUUUCCCUCCUUUCCACAAGCACUAUUGCUGCUAAGCUCUGGACCAGUCCCAACCUACCUUCGGGCUAGUAUCUUUGCUGCAUUGGACUCGUUACUCACGGACAAGUCUGUCCAGACCGCAACUGCCAUGUGGCAGAUACUGGAUAACUGGGCUGCAAAUGGCCAAGAGAUGAUUCGUUCGGCGGCGAAUAAGACAAGUCAACCAUUCAAACCGACGUCUGCCGACCUGCAAGCCAACCUCAGUGCCAUUGCAGUCUCAUUUGACCAGUAUGACUCCUUCGUGAUCUUGUUACGUGACCUAGUCGCGACUCUCCCUUCGACAAGUUUAGGAGGAGAUAUGCUACCAUUUCCUGCAGAUCUUGGCGCUUCCUACAGGACCCCUGGAAUCGAUCCAUACAUUGACCUCAUCUGUGGCCAGCUGUUUAUUAGGCGGCUUCCGGAAAUCACCGAUGAUGUGCAGCGGUCGAUAGCUUCCUUUCACUGCCUGGAGUUUGUGGCGGCAGGGCUUGAGGGUUUCAACGAGGACUUCGUUGUCAUGAUGGACCGGGCAGAUCCACAACGUGAUGCUUUCCAAGAUGCCCCAGUGGCAGCGGUGUAUGCGCAACGCAGUCCCUUUGCGAGAUUGAUGCAAUGGAUUUUGAGCGCAGAUAUGAACAAAGUAUUGAUGGAGUCAUUACGGGUACCCUUAGAUGCCAUUGAGGCUGCUCUCCCGGACUCGCCUCUUCUCUUGAGCUUACAGCGCUCGAUUGAUAUUCUCAACCGUAUUUUGGACCUGCAACCAACUUAUUUCGAUAUCAUCCGACCAAUGGUCCAAUCUCGACUCGGUCAGGACGGAUUGCUUGCACGAUUGAGCGUCGGCUCUAUUGAAGACAGUCUCGCUUCUCAUCCAGAAGUUGUCCUCAAUCUCUGUCAAUUCGCGGCGACGGAACAAGCCGGACUGGCCUUACGUGCUCUCGCACUCCUACAGAAGCUUUCUAGCUCACCCAAACUUAACAAUCACUUUCUAACCACAGAUUCUGUGAGCGGACGCACAAGACGCAUUAUCGACAUGCUCGGCCCAAAUGCCAGCUUUGAAUUGGAGCCUGUUACUAGAAGCUUAACUUCACGGUUGCUCUUCGAUAUUAGAGAGCUCGAAGAGGGCUUUGAAUCCGUCAGUUACCUGACCAAAGACGGUGUGCUGGCUUUCUUCAAUGCCUGUCUGGAGACCCAACCUAACCUGCCAAACCUUGCGCAUCUUCUUCUUGGGUUCGACAGACUCAAGGAACGAUUAACAAUUUCGUCCACCAUUGACGCUGGCACCUCUGUCUUCAACACCGUCAUUGAUUUAGUCGAAAACUACCCUGACGUCGAAGAUGGGGUUAUGGUCUCCUGGCUGAUCCAUAUCAAGGCAGCAGCAAUGAAGGUGCUGAGACAUCUCUGGUCCUCUGAAGCUACCCAAAACAUUGUGAUCGGUCAACUGCGUCGACUCCAGUUUCUUCCAACGCAGUAUUUGCGCCUACCACUUGUGUAUCAGCAGACACUAUGGGAUGGUAACCCCAUUUUCCACGAGUCCUUCUGGUACAGCACCUCUUCUGAAGCUCUUGCAGAGUUUCUAGCAUUCCGAGCUUCUUUAUUCAAUUAUACAGCUACGGAAUUGAGAGCUGCUGCGAAAGAUGGCCUUACCACUACGCUCCACCACGCUCUUUCCACCCUCCAGGGCAAAACAAGCGACAUGGAUGGCACUACAACUUCCAAUCCAGAUGUCUUCUCCCUUUCUGACUUUCUCGAAUUGGAUUUGUCUUCGUCUUUUGAGCUAGGCCUCCAGAAUUUCGCUGGAAUCGACUUUGACAUGUACCUGACGGAAGCCACCGAACAGGCGCCAAGCUUGUAUGAUGUGAAACUGAUCCGAGAAUAUCUCUCGGCGUACCGCCAAAUGCUACUGCAAAAACCAUCAGAGACACCAGGCUCUAACAAGAUUGACGAGCAAGAACUCAUUGCUGAAGCUGACUAUGUGAUUGCCACUUUGGAAGCUCGCAAUAGAUCCAUCGUUGCACAUAAGGCCAGGAGUGAUGCUCUGCACGAAUAUGUGGAUAUGAUCAUUGCUACCAUUGAGACCUGUCCUAUGGAUUCCACAUCGAAACUCCAGUUCAUUCUGCACAUUCUUCAAAUCAUGCUUCCUAAGCUUGACGUGCUUAUCUCGGACGAAUCCGAAGAUGUUCUUGAAAUAGCAAGAGCAGCUGAUGCUUUACUGUUUGCACUCUCCGAAACAGCACCGGUAAAUUCUCAGUUGGAUAAUGUCAUCACCGAGAAAUUGUUCCAGCUCUUCCGGGCAUCCAUUGAAGGCAUCCCCGUGACCAACUCAAGCUUCGGCCUCAGGACGAUCUUCUACAGCAUCUGCUCUCAAUACCUUGCGAGGAUUUCUACGACCGAUAAGGGCGAUUCCGACAUCAAUGCAAAGGCUCGUAAAAACUCCAUGGACUGCAUUCGCUCAGCGAGUCAGCGGUUGAUUCCAAUCAUCUGUGACGAUGCAGAGGAUGGAGUUGAUGCCUGCCGCUUGAACGCUUUCAAUCUUUUAGCAUUGCUUGCCUCUCUUGCGCGAACAGAAAAGUCAAACUUUAUCAUCAGUUCGUUCGUCAAGGCAAAUGUGCUUGAGAUCCUUCUUGAAUCAUUGAAGCAUAUUUCGACGGAAUUCCAGACCACGGAACCAGCUCAUCGUCCAUAUAUUCUGUCGAUCUUUGAGGCACGCAUGUUGCUUCUCCUACAAGUAUCCCGUACUCGCGAAGGUGCAGGCGCACUUCUUGACGCUGGUCUUAUGUCUGCAGUCCGAGAUUCGCUGUUGUUCCAUGCAGAUCCGGAUCUAGGCAUUGCGAUUCCCAGCCCCAAUGAAGACGAUUCGACCACCUACACGACCGUUGUUGACCCAGCCGUCUCGGCUCUUCGUACUUAUUACGUCCUACUCUCCUCAACCCUUCGACUUCUCCUUUCGACGUUCUUGUCUCGUGGCGCCCAGAACGAGCAGAUCCAGUACGCCGCUCGAACCUUCCUGACCGACUAUCGGCCGAACAUGGUCGGUGUGUUCAAGAAGUAUGCCGGUGUAAACGGCAAAGUCGACGGAACGAUUCGUCCACUCGUGGCAGAGUCUGUACAGUGCUACACAGGGCUAGUCACGCUGUGUGGCUUUGUAGAUUUCGAGGACGACUCUGGCUUGGAUGGUGUACAAUACGGCAGGUUUUCAUGAGUCAGAAUUGUUAUUGGGAUAAGAUGGAACAAGCAUAGCGACCGAGGAGAUGGAAAUCGCACAGGAUGAAGAGACAAAAGGUUUAUAGUAGUUGAAUAUCUCGAGACCAGUCUGAAAUGAGAGAAAAAGUUUGGUACAAAUGUCACUGUCUCUUCAACUCCUUACUAGUCGUCUCACUGUCUUCCAGGUCGACACCGUGUACACAUACUGGUCCAGAGUUCAAUGAAUUCCUGGCCGGAUUCGCUGUCAUGA